CUGUGCGUCAGUGCGAGCGGGGCCGAGGGCUCGAGCGAGGAGCGGGGAAGAGGGCAAAAAAAUAAUAAAACACUGAACUGAGGGGUGGAUAGAAUAAAACAACAACAAUAAACUAACAACCGGGGAAACGGCACCGACAAACGGACAGUUCUAGAAACGGCCAAACAAGCCCCAGGGAAUAUUUCGUACCUAGCAUAUUGCUAUCAUUGUUUACUGGCACAGAUGGAUAGCCUGGCAGACUAUUGAAGCAUUACAGAGACUUAAAUAUUGGAUUGGCGUGAAACAGCUCAAUGAGAACACAAUUUAAUCAGGAAGCGACACUUGAAUGAUGUUAUAGUCCAAUGUAGCAGUGUUUGGUGGUAUAAGAAGAAUAAGCUGCUUGGUGAGCUAAAAUCGGGACCGAGGUGGAUUGAAUCAGAAAAAAUGCAAACCCAGGUUAAUGAAGCAGAAGAUGCAUUCAGAAUAAAGAGAAGAGAAAAUGUGAUGCUUUGGCAUUCAAGAUAUGCAGAUCUUAGACCAUGUCAGUAUGGAUUCAGGCCCAGCAGCUUCAGGGCGAAGCUCUGCGUCAAAUGCAGUCCUUGUAUGGCCAGCAUUUUCCAAUUGAAGUUAGGCAUUACUUGUCACAGUGGAUCGAAAGCCAGGCAUGGGACUCAAUUGAUCUGGAGAAUCCACAAGAUGAAUUUCGAGCACAAAGAUUGCUCGAGACCUUGAUACAGGAGUUACAGAAGAAAGCUGAUCAUCUAAUGGGUGAAGAUGUUUUUGUAUUAAAGCUGAAAUUAGGGAAUUAUGCCACUCAGUUAAAGAAUACUUAUGAUCGUUGCCCACUGGAACUGGUUAGAUCAAUCAAACACAUUCUGUACCAUGAACAGAGGCUGAUUAGAGAAGCUACAAAUCCAAGUUCACCAGUAGGUUUGCUGGAUUCCAUGUCUCAGAAACACCUUCAAAUAAAUCAGACGUUUGAGGAGCUAAGACUAAUGACUCAAGACACAGAGAAUGAACUACGAAAGCUACAGCAUACCCAAGAAUAUUUUAUCAUUCAAUAUCAAGAGAGUCUACGCAUACAAGCUCAGCUUGCACAGCUUGCACAGCUCAGUCCACAAGACCAGAACCGUAUCGUUCGAGAGCAAAGCUUACAACAAAAACGGACAUCAGUGGAGAGUUGGUUACAACGAGAAGCCCAGACACUACAACAAUACAGACUGGACUUAGCAGAAAAACAUCAAAAGACGUUACAAUUGCUUCGUAAGCUGCAGACAAUUAUUUUAGAUGAUGAAUUGAUUCAGUGGAAACGACGCCAGCAAUUGGCAGGGAAUGGUGGUCAGUCUGAAGGUAGUUUGGAUGUGCUUCAGUCAUGGUGUGAGAAGUUAGCAGAGACAAUAUGGCAGAAUCGUCAGCAGAUCAGGCGAGCUGAGCACCAAAGGCAGCAGCUACCCAUCCCAGGCCCAGUGGAGGAGUUACUUACAGAGCUCAAUGCAACAAUUACAGAUGUAAUAUCUGCGCUAGUCACAAGCACCUUUAUUAUUGAGAAACAGCCCCCGCAGGUUUUGAAGACUCAGACCAAGUUUGCAGCUACAGUACGCUUAUUAGUAGGAGGAAAGCUGAAUGUACACAUGAACCCACCCCAAGUGAAAGCAACCAUCAUUAGUGAACAGCAGGCCAAGGCUCUCCUGAAAAACGAGAAUACUAGAAAUGACAGCAGUGGUGAAAUAUUAAACAACUGUUGUGUUAUGGAGUACCAUCAAGCAACAGGAACCUUAAGUGCCAACUUUAGAAAUAUGUCUCUUAAACGAAUUAAACGUUCUGAUCGGCGUGGAGCAGAAUCAGUCACAGAAGAGAAAUUCACAAUUCUUUUUGAAUCACAGUUCAGUGUUGGCGGAAAUGAACUAGUGUUUCAGGUUAAGACUUUAUCUCUUCCGGUGGUAGUGAUAGUUCAUGGCAGCCAAGACAACAAUGCCACUGCCACUGUACUUUGGGAUAAUGCAUUUGCAGAACCAGGUAGAGUGCCAUUUGUGGUUCCUGACAAAGUACUCUGGCCACAAUUGUGCGAGGCACUCAACAUGAAGUUCAAAGCAGAAGUUCAGAGUAAUAGAGGACUGUCAGAAGAAAAUCUUGUUUUUUUGGCUCAGAAAGCAUUCAGCAGUUCAGCCAUACAUGCAGAUGAUUACAGUAACAUGACCAUCUCCUGGUCCCAAUUUAAUAGGGAAAGUUUGCCAGGUCGAAAUUUCACAUUCUGGCAAUGGUUUGACGGAGUCAUGGAGCUGACAAAAAAGCACCUAAAGCCUCAUUGGAAUGACGGGGCAAUUUUGGGCUUUGUAAACAAGCAGCAGGCACAGGACAUGCUGCUUUCCAAGCCAAAUGGAACCUUCCUGCUGCGAUUCAGUGACUCUGAAAUUGGAGGGAUUACAAUAGCUUGGGGAGCAGAUAAUCCCAACAAAGCAGGAGAAAGAAUGGUUUGGAAUCUCAUGCCAUACACAACCAAAGAUUUUUCAAUUCGAUCACUGGCAGAUCGCAUCAGCGAUCUCAAUCAUUUGCUGUACUUGUAUCCAGACAGACCCAAAGAUGAUGUGUUUUCCAAAUAUUAUACACCACCAUUAUCGAAAGCUGUAGAUGGGUAUGUAAAGCCACAGAUCAAACAGGUGGUUCCAGAAUUUGCUACAGCAUCAUCAGAUGCUACAUCAGCAAGCAGUACCUAUAUGGAACAUGCAGCCUCACCUGCCGUUUGUCCCCAGCCACAGUAUCCCCUCUAUUCACAAAACCCAGACAGUAUGCUUGAUCCUGACGGGGAUUUUGACCUAGAUGAUACAAUGGAUGUUGCCAGACAUGUGGAGGAACUUCUGCGCAGACCAAUCGACAAUCAGUGGCUUCCUCAUCAACCGACAUGAUUGACCAUCUCCACCUCAUAGAAAUUAUUGUUUCUUAUGGUUUCAUUCCAUAAGUUGCUUCAUUUCCAAAUCAUUCAUAAUGUGAAAUGUUAAUAAUGCUUGUGAAUCUAAUAUUUUUGUGCAUGUUGCGACAACGCAAAUGUUUUUAAAUGUCUUGCUUGCUUGGAAGAAGGCUGCAGUUUUGGAGACUGCAGGUCAUAGUUUUCUGUUGUACAAAAUGCAAGUUGCUGUUUGCAUGAUUUUUAUUUACUUUUUGAGUUUUAGUUGUUGCUUUUUUGGUAGGUAAUCCAGUACAGUUUUAAUUUGUAUUUUAGUCUGUUUUGUGAGUCAAAUAACCCAAUUAAAACCCAAUUUAAAUCACUGCCCUUACCAAGAAGCCAGUCGGAGCUACUUCAAUUGUUUGGGUUCUACUUUUUAAAUAAUUUGCUAGGAUAAUUGUAUUUUGUUGGAAAUUAAUAUUCAGUUUUUGGUUGGCAACUUCAGUUGAACAUUGGGUCAUAAAUUGGCACAGAAGGGCCACACUAACAAAGAUUUUGCUCUUUAAAAAAAAUUUAGGCCCAUCUUUAAAUGUUAAUGACAUUCUCAUGGUAAGACAUUUAGGAGGGAUAGUUUAUUAUGUAUAUUUUUGUAUCCCAGAACCAUUUUGUUUAUGAUUGUAUUGGUUGUUUCCAUAAUCACUCUGAACUGAACAGGUAUUUUUUUUUUUAAAAAAAAAGAAAAUCUUGCAUCCGGUCUCUCACAUCAAGACAGUUUUAGAGGAAGCUCUUGUUACAUAGUUUAGGUUAUGUAGUUUGUAUAAAAAGUGCAUGAGUUUGGGAUAGCAUAUCUGUCGAAAUUUGCACUGAACAAAAUCAAGGUAUAUAUAUGCUCUUAAGAUGACCAGUUUGUAUUGUAUCAACAUGUGCAAAAAACUGCCGAGUUGCCAAAAUUCAGUCAUACAAACUAGUUACCUUAUGACUCUAACUUUUAAAUUUUUAAAUUUCUUAUGGGUAUCAGAAGAGAGGAGCUGUACAACAGCUGCUUCUUGGAUCAUAUAAGGAUCUACGUGCAGGGCUACUAGGAAGAAAGUAUCCCUCGGGUUAAUUUAGUUGCCCAUGUGGCCGCAUCAAAGUCCUGUCUUUUAUUUCUGUCUUGUUUACCAAUAUCUUGAUGAUCCCUCCCUUCUGACUAAUGAGGGCUACGUAUGAUAUGGAUUUAAUGCGUUUUGACCUAUAGUGGGUAGUUAUCACAAUGAGGAAAAAUAGCCAGGCUCAUUUCUGAGAUGCCUUAAUAAGCUGUAUUAGAGGUUAAUUGCUGCAAUAGAGAGUAGUAUAAGAAAUUUAUUUGUAUGUUGUUGGGUAUGACUGUGACUAUAUUUGAUCCUAGCAGUACUGGGACACGGGUUGAACAAAAAUUAUUCCUUGGUGCAGCAGAAGCCUUUCAAUGGGACCACCCCUCUAGUAAAUGGACAAAGGGAAAUUUUUUAAUCAUUUGUUUUUCAACAACCACUAGACAAUGUACAGGAAUUGAAACAGUGUUUGUUUUCUUAAAGGGGUGCCCACUCUGAUGUUUGCCAUAAUCCCAUGUUCAGGAACGUCAUGUUCAGCCUAAUAACGACAAACAAAAAGGGGAAGACGGAAGCAGAUGUUUACAUUUUAAAUUAUCCAUUGUACUUUCCCAUAAAAAUAUCAAGUAUUCUAACAGCUUGUGCCCAUUGCUUAUUUGCUUUUUUGUUAAUACACCUAGGCCUACUGAGAUGUAACAUUUUAUUUUACAGUUACAGGAUAUUUGGCUAUCUUUGAUGUAAACUAACAAAAGUCUAGAGUAUUGUUACUGCCAAACAAUUUUUGCUAGUUUUGAUACAAUUGUAGACCUGUACAUAUCAUGGAGAAAAGAAUUGUUUCUUCUUCUUCUUCUUCUUCUUCAGGGCUCUUACAGGCAUGUGCUUCAUCACAGUGCAAAUGGGAGAAGAUUCAUUUCUAUCUCUCUCAAUUCUGAUAGGAAUGCUCCCAGUAUCUGACUUUUCUUCAUAAACCAGUUCUUCAGCUGUU